AUGACAAAUUUCAAAAAUAGUGGAGAAUCGAAUACAUAUAGCAGAAAAUGGACAUUAGAUAUAUCUGAAUCCUCUUCAUCAUCAUCUUCAUCAUCACAACAACAUUUAAAAGAUAAAAAUAAUUUACCAUUACCAUUAACAAGUGGGGGAUCAGAAUCACCAAUAUCCACAUCAUCACAACCACAAGUUUCAUCACAGCCACAACAAUUAUCAACAAAACAACAAAUGGAAUUAAAAGCUAAAAAAGGUUGGGAAUUAGCAAAAUCACCAGCUAAAAAUAUAUUUAUGACAGGUUUCUUUUUAUGGAUGAUUGGUAAUGGUAUUAAUAUUUUCACAAUGCCUGUUAUUAUAUAUGCUGUAAUUAAUCCUGUUAAAGCAAUUUUUCAAACAAAUACAAUGUUUUCAAGAUUUAAUGAUUGUAAAGGUGAUAUAAUUCAAAUGAAAUUAACAUUUGUAGUAAUUCAAUUAGCUUUAUUAAGUGUAACACUUUAUAAAUGUAGUAGUAUGGGUCUAUUACCCAUUACACCUUCAGAUUGGAUUUCAUCUUUACCAAUUAAAAAGGCAAUUGAAUAUUCAAGUGGAUCAAGUUUAUAA